CUGAAGCAACACAAAUCGUUUGGUCGUCUCGUUGAGUCAGUCGAGCUCUUGCGCGCUAGGCGAGAGGUCGAACCUUCUCCGCGAACUCAAAGUUGGUACAAGCGCCAGUUUAAUUCCUCAUUUGAGAAUUACUCUUGAGAAUUAAAAUUCGAUUCUACAAUUUAGAAGUUCAGGUGUGAGCUUUUCUGGAUUAAAAUUCAACGAUUUUUGUGCUGAAGUCACCCAUCGCCUGUUGGAUUUACUGUGCUAGUGGUGGAAGAAGUGGAAUCUAUUUGUGGUUAUUUUGAGGGAGAAUUGAUUGAUAUUGGACAAUGGUGACCGGAGUGGGUGCUACGAUGCCCUCGGGAGGUGUUUCGGUGGGUUCAACACCACCAGCACCACACGUGCCACAGGAGGCUGGACAGCCGCCUGCGCAAACUAAUACUAGUGGAACUACCACUAGGAGAUCCGGGGAAAAUAGACGGAGUAACAAACCCAUUAUGGAAAAGAGGAGACGAGCGAGGAUUAAUAAUUGUCUUAAUGAACUCAAGACACUAAUCCUCGAUGCGAUGAAAAAAGACCCAGCACGACACUCAAAAUUGGAAAAAGCCGAUAUCCUAGAGAUGACAGUGAAGCACCUGGAAACCCUUCAGCGUCAACAGGUAGCCCUGGCUGCAGCUACAGAUCCAUCAGUUCUAAACAAAUUCCGUGCGGGUUUUACGGAGUGCGCGAGUGAAGUUGGCAGAUUUCCCGGUCUGGACGCCUCCGUGAAACGUCGUCUGAUGGCCCACUUGGCAUCUUGCCUGGGACCGGUGGAGAGUAACACGAGUUCCCAGUCAACACCACCAGUGGUUCAGCCAGCACCACCGACAACUCAACUCCAAGUCCACAUUCUACCGCAAGUGGACACGACACCGCGAAUCCAAGUGCAGCAAUCCAACGGCAUCUUCUUCACGAAUGCCAACGGUACUGGCCUGCAACUGGUGCCAACGCGUUUGCCCAACGGUGACAUCGCCCUGGUUUUGCCAGCUGGUGCUAAAGCCACUCCAGUGACAUCACCAGCUUCAUCUCCAGCCCCAUCAUCACCUCUGCCAACGCUCAUUCCCAUCCCCCAGAGGACCGCAAGCACAGCCUCAGCUUCAUCCUCCUCCUCAUCAACGAGUUCUACGUCGACAUCGGCUGCAAGUCCUGUCGCCUUCGAAGCACCACCAUCAAAUUUCCGAGAGCAAUCACCAGCAUUUACCACCAGUCAUCGGGAUGUCGCAACAUCGCCCGCUAACGGAUACACCAGCGAUCCGGAAUUCGAUGCCAGGGCCACCCUCUACAGUCCGCCACUUCAAAAACCCUUGGCUCUGGUCAUGAGGAAGAGUGUCAUGCCUGAGAUCGAGGGCAAACCUUGGAGACCCUGGUAAAUCGUUAAUAUCUCGGUGUAAUAAAACUUUGUGUUCUCGAAGAACUAGUGAUUCUAUUGACUGAAACCGCUAGCCGGUUACGUCUCAAGUCGUUACAUUUAUUAUUUUUUUUUUUCAAGAAAACAACAUAUUAAAGCUCGGGAAGCGUUUAAGGGUUGUUAGAAUUAGUUCUUAGUUUCCGCUGUCAAGAUUAUUCUUUUCGAUGGUCAGUAGCCUAUGAGGCUGUGCCUUAUACAGUGCCUUGUACAUAGUUUCUUUCAUUGAGAUUAAUUUCCAUGAGUUUUUUCCGAAAAAGUUCAUGAUUAUGAUGAGUUGGUGGAUGUAAAUAGAUGAUUUCAAAUUAUCGUUAUGUUUAAGUGCCUUACGCAACAAGAAUCACCGAUGUCUUCCAUUAAUUCAUUUUUGCGUUUCUUGUAAUGUAGAUAGAUGUUGUAUGGACUACGCUGACGAAGUGUUGAAUAAUGAAUAUCAAUGUGUGUAAAAUAUUUCGACGAGAGUAUUGGGGAUUUUUUUUUUUGUAUAUUAUUGUACUAAGUUUAGAUUCUAUUUACGUUUAAGGAUUUAUGAAUGUUUAUCAGAUUUGUAUGGAAGGUGAUAUUUUUCCAGAGAAAGAGUGUUCUUAUUUAUAUUUAUGAGUGCAAAUUGAGAUGAAGAUUGAGUCUAUAAGGUUAUUGUGAAGAUAAUAGAACAAGACGCUUAAUAAUACUUUAUGAGUAUCAAAAUAAAUAUUGAUCUCUGUUCAAACUUA